CGCGAGCGUUUCAAACAUUUGAGUCUGGUUGGCAGCACACAGCACAGCCCACAGCUCAUCACAUCUAGACGAAUAUAAAUCGCACCUCCAAGUGACUCGCAAUUUUUUUUUAAUCUGGCAUCUCACUGGAGGAGUUCAAAUCCUACACUAUGGGCAACAAAUCCGGUUCUGGCUUUUAUCUUAGUAAAUCAACUGUGGCUUUCUUCACGCUUCUUUUUGCUGCUUUAUUUAUCGCUUUUACAGUUUUUGCCGUUCUGUACCUUCGAUCGAGGACCGGAUUUUGCAAUUUUGCUGAGGAGGAAGAAAGCGACAAAGUAAAGCCGCUUAACUGCACUGUAGUGCCGACACCUGGGCGCCAAGGAAUCUGGGACCACUACCGACUCCCUACUUCACUCGUCCCCAUAAAUUACCAGCUUGUACUGUGGCCUCGGUUCCACCCGGAAAGCCCAGAGUCCACAUUUACGGGUGACGUGAACAUCACCUUUCAGUGUAAGAAUGCAACAGAUGUGAUCUUACUGCACAGUGAACAGAUCGAGGUUACAGUUGUGGAGCUGGUAAGGUUCGAAAUAGGAACGGAGGCUCCCCAAAUUCUGGAAGUGUGGAGAUCUAGUCUUUACUCCUAUCUGGUUAUCAACCUGAAUGAAACUCUUACCGAAAAUAGCAUAUAUGUUCUCAGGAUCAGCUUCUCGGGAGUGAUCGGCAAUUCCACUGGGGGGUUUAUGAAAAUGGAUUAUGAAGAAGAUGGAAGAAACCUGUCAGUUAUCACAACUCAGAUGGAGCCUACCUAUGCAAGGACUGUUUUUCCAUGUUUUGAUGAACCCAGUUUCAAAGCUACUUUUGAUAUUCAUCUAAUUUACCUUCCUAAUUAUGUGGCACUCUCAAAUAUGCCUGCUAUUAAUACAUCACCAAUAUCAGAUGGAGAUGGAGUCAUAUGGAAAGUGACCACAUUUAAUACAACUUUAAAGAUGUCAACAUACAUUGUAGCAUGUGUAAUUUGUGAAUUUAGCCACAUUGAAAUGAUUGAGCAUGGAAAUGAGAUACGCAUUUGGGCUCGAAAAAGUGCUAUAGAAAAUGGCGAAGCUGAUUAUGCUUUAAAUAUCACAGGGGCAAUCUUAAGGCAUGUAAUGGAUUAUCUCAAUGUGAGUUACCCCCUAACAAAAACAGAGCUUGUUGCAGUUCCCGAAUUUCCUGCUAGUGGAAUGGAAAAUUGGGGACUCAUUAUUUUUCAUGAGGAUUCAUUGUUGUUCAACUACAGUUCAGAUACAAAAGAAAAAAGAAGACUCAUUUGUUCAGUCAUUACACAUGAGAUUGGACAUCAGUGGUUUGGAAAUCUAGUUACAAUGAACUGGUGGAAUCAGUUAUGGCUGAAAGAAGGUUUAUCUUCCUACAUUGAGAACACAUUCCCCCCUAAAUUGGAGACCGAAAUGUUUAUGAAGAAAUAUAAUGAUAUACCGGAUACAGUCAGACUGUUUCAUUCAGACACUUACCCUUUCUCACAUCCUCUUGUUGUUGAAGAAGAAAAUUUGAAAACAACAAAUGAAAUAAAUGAGGCUUUUGAUUCUGUAACAUACCAUAAGGGUUCUUUGCUAAUGCAGAUGGUGAUUACUUUCCUGAGUCAAAAACUGUUCCAGAAAGGGCUCACCUCUUAUCUUCAAGACUUCUCUUACACAAAUGUAAAGCAAGACGACCUGUGGCAUCAUUGGCAAAAGGCUAUAGAUAGUCAAAAUGAAGUAAAGCUGCCAGCUUCUGUCAAAACAAUAAUGGACAAAUGGACAAUGCAAACUGGGUAUCCUAUUAUUACACUUAAUACAUCAACUGGCACACUCUCUCAGGAACCAUUUGAUGCAAAACGGAGGCAUGCAACUUUAGCUAACAACACUUGGUAUGUUCCUAUUGAAUGGAUUAAAAAUGGAUCUGCUCAACCCUUGACAUGGCUUAAAAGCAAAGAAGGUACUUUCCCUGAAAUGAAGAUUACCUCCGAAAAUGACUGGAUCUUGUUAAAUGCAAAUAUUACAGGAUAUUAUAGAGUACAAUAUGAUGCAUUAAACUGGAACAGAAUUAUUAAUCAACUGAUUAAGGAUCCAGAGAUAAUUCCACUAUUUAACAGGGUAUUUCUGCUUGGGGAAGUUUUUCAUGUGCAUUCCGAAAACGUGGAUGUUGAAAUUAUACUCAAUGCAACCAAAUAUUUGGCAAAAGAAAAGGAUUUAUUUGUGUGGCAAAUGGUGCUUGUUAUUGUGGAGAAUUAUAUGGCUAAACUCCAGCCUUUCCUUCUAUAUGGGUCAUUAAAGCAACAUGUGUCAAAUAUGUUUUUACCAUUUUAUCAACACAUCAUGAACUCAAUAGGAGGAGACAUCAUGAAAGUGGAGAAGGAUUCAUUUCUUCAGGAUCAGAUGCAAAGAGUGAUGUCGGUGGCUUGUUGGCUUGGAUUUCAUGAAUGCUUACAAAUGGCAUCUAAGAUCUUUAGAGAAUGGAUAAAGAAUCCUACUAAAGAAGGACUUCCUUUAUUCAUAAGAGAAGUAAUCUUGUCCUAUGGAAUUGAAUCUGGAAGCUUUCAAGAAUGGGAGAUUAUCUGGAAUAUUUUUUUAAAGCAAAAGGACAAUAAAUCAGAUUACAGUGAUGAACUGCUUUUUGCUCUGAGCUUCAGUAAAGAACCCUGGAUUCUGAAUAGGUACCUUCAGUUAUCUCUAAAUAGUUCAAUAUUUGAAAGUCAUUCUGUAAGACAAAUAUUGAUGUGGGUCGCAGAAAACAAAAUUGGUACUCCAUUAGUAUGGGACUUUGUUCAAGAAAACUGGGAAAUAAUUAAAAGCAAAUAUAACCAAAGUGAAACUGAAUUAGCUGUGCUCAUGGGCAUUUUAGCUGAAAGGGCCACAAGCGAUUAUAAAAUUAAUGAGAUGCUGAAAUUUGUAAAUACCACUAUGAAGAUUGAUUCAUAUUCUUUAGUUGUUCUAAGAAUUAAUGACGUCAAAGAAAUGCGCAGUGAUUUUAAUACAAAAUUUCAAGCAAAAAUACAGAACUGGUUAAAAAAUAAUCUGCAUAUCCCAAUGUUUCAGUAAUUCUUAGGAAGAAGUAAACUGCAUUUUCUUUUUAAAGCAGUGAAAUAACAAUGUCAUUUUUUCACAAAUCAAUGCAAAAUAUACAAAAUAAAAUUAAAAUUUGUUGACUAAAAUGAAAUUUUUAGAAAACUGGUUUCUCUACCUGAUGCUAUUCAUGUGUAACAGUGUAAAAGAUAAGUUUGUUAUGCGUUAUACUGUUCACAUAUAGAAAAGCUUAAUUUUUAAAAUAUUGAGGACGGUUCUAUUCAAUAAGGGC